AUGAAGAUCUCCUCUCCCUGGACACUGGCGGCAGUGCAGCUCCUGGCCGCGCUGGGUCCGCGAGCCGCAGUCUGCGCUCCCGCUCCCUUUGCGGUGACGGGAAUGGGUUCGGAGCACGACAAGGCUGCCGCCCUCUUUGAGAUUCAUCACCCAGGAAUCAAGUACCACGGUCAAGGCCAAGGCCAAGGCGAAGAUGGCCAGAAGAAGAUGAUGGCCCCGUCGUACGACGAGGAAACCCUUUACAAGAUUCAUCAUCCCGUUCCCACGGGGCCAGAGUCGUCCGCCUCCUCCCACCCGGGAAUCGAGACGUUGUUCACGCAUCACCCGUACGCGAUUCCUAAUCAUCCCCUGUCCGAGGAGUCAGAGUCGGGGGAACAAGAGGGAACAGAAGAAGAGGAUGGUGAAAAGGGAACCUACCAUCACGACUUCCCCACCAUGUCCAUCCCAUCCCGGUACUACUCGACGGUGCUGGGCCGACGGCUCCUUGCACUGUCGUCGCACGGGGUACUCACGUCGGUGUUCCCGUCGAACCUCUCCGCACCAGGCCACGGCCCGCCCGAAAACGUGGCCGAUACUCCCAUCGGGCUGCCCGAGUACAUCGCGUCGUGCGAGGAACCGAGCGGCAACCCGACGAUCCUGUCGCUUAAGAUCUCGACGGCGACGCGCAACGCCGCCGCGGGCUCCAACGUCUCGCUCUCCCUCAGCUGGUGGGACGAGUACAUCCACCUGACGGGCAAGAGCCCCUGGGCGCUGGCGAACCUGCCCCGCCUCAGCCUGACGGGUUACCUCGAGGAGAUUGACGACGACGACACGGACCCAAAGGCCCUCGAGACCUGCUUCGUCCAGAAACACAGGGACAGCGUCAUGUGGCUGCCCGGCCGCAAGUGGGCCGCCCACGAGAGCAUCUGGACCCGCUUGGUGGUGACCCAGGCGUACUGGAUCGGCGGCUUUGGUGACCGGAAUUACAUCGGCUGGUUCGACCCCGAGGAGUGGCGAUCCGUCAAGAAGGACCAGUGGGAGGCCGUCAGGCUGCCGGGGGAGAAGGCAUAA